UUGAAUGUUAAAAUUAUGUUUCAGAACUUUGAUCUGAUAUAAAAUGUAAAUCUAAGAAUAUGAUGAAUAAAGUUUAAAUGCCAACUCUACUAAAUAGAUUUUUUUGACCAAAUGACAAUCCAAGGUGAGAGGAUGGGUGAGCAACCAAUAUUCACGUGUAAAGCACAUGUCUUUCAUAUUGAUCCAAAAACUAAAAGAUCUUGGAUCCCGGCUUCUAAUGCAGCAGUUGCGGUUUCAUUCUUCUAUGAUUCUUCAAGAGCACUGUACAGGAUUAUAUCUGUGGAAGGAACAAAAGCGGUAAUUAACUCCACAAUUACACCAAACAUGACGUUCACCAAGACAAGUCAGAAAUUUGGCCAGUGGUCAGAUGUCAGAGCGAAUACAGUAUACGGACUAGGGUUCUCCUCUGAGGCAGAGCUAAACAAAUUUAUUGAAAAGUUUGCAGAGGUUAAAGAUGCCACCCGGGCAGGAAAAGCCAAUGGUAGUGGAACCACCCCGACAACGAGUGCCAAUGCUAGCCCUGUAACCGCAAGAUCAGGCAAAGAAUACAACGACAACUUGGAACACAUUCCUCCAAAUCAAAAUGAUGCGGUCAACUCAAACCUUCUUAAAUCCCAGCUAACUAUAGGUUCUGACAGUCCAAAGAAAGCUGGUCUGCCUGACAAGGUCCCUGCCCCGGCUUUAAACGGUGAUGCUCAGCUCAAAUAUGAGAAUGACCGGCUUAAGCUCGCGCUAGCUCAGAGCUCUGCUAAUGCAAAGAAGUGGGAGGUAGAACUAUUGACUCUGAAGAACAACAACGCCAGGUUGACCAGCGCGCUGCAGGAGUCAACCUCGAAUGUGGAGGAAUGGAAACGCCAACUUCAUUCAUACAAGGAGGAGAAUGCCAGGCUAAAAAUGAAUCUGCUUGAAGCUGAGGCCGGGAGAGGAAACUGUGAUUACGAUGCAGUUGGGGAGCUUAGAGAGCUCAGGGCACAUUUCGAGGAUGUUGAACGCGAACUAGGAGAGAAGAACGAAGAAAUUAGAAAACUAAAGACGGAGGGUGGAGGAGGAUCUAAACUAGAUCUAGAGGAGAUUAAGUCUCUCCAGGUGGAGAACGAGAGUUUGAAACUAACCUUGGAUAAAACUCAAUCCCAGUUAGAUACAUCACUUGAUGCUCAGGAUCAGCAGCGGAAGGUUCUGGAAGCGAUAAAUCGUCAAUUCGGCGAUUAUGUUCAUCAUCUGGGAGAAUUGCAGAACGAACUGACCCAGGUGUUAAACACCUAGACUACACUAAGCCACCAGGAGGAGCUAAUGAACUAGGAUUCCAAAUUUCCAAAAUGUCGGGGUUAGUUUGAGAACGAACAGGGGGUAUAUAUUUUCAAUACAAAUCACUUCUCCCCGUUUCUAAAAAUCUUUUUGGACUUUUUUCAAAUUGUAUUUAAAAUUUUGUUUUACUCUCGAAAUCUACAAAUUCAUAUCCGAGAAAGGGGGAGGGGGCUUAAAAAUAUAUCGUUCUCAAGUUUAUUUUGACAAGAUUGCCAUGUGUCUUGUUCAAAAUUUAUCCCAUAAUUUUUGGAGAAGAGGAAAAAAUACUUCUAAUUUAGUUUUUUUAAUUCUUAUCAUUCCUGAUAAAAUUUAUUUGGCGACAAAUUCUGUCGAAAUUUUUUUAAAGUUCCUUUUUUUACUGCUUAUCCUAGUUGAUAUUAAUGUAACCAUCAUUUAACUUUUCUGAUAUUGCGGAAUCUCUUUUAAUGAUAUUUAUAGAUUUUUAUACCCCAUAAACCUCAUUCAUUAACCUACUGUUGUCUAUAUUUAAAAAUAUUUAUAAAUAAGAGGGCGUUAAAAAAAGGAAAAUGUAUUUCCGACAAAAAAUACUUUAAUAUUUGAAAAUUUUUAAUUAAAAAUUGUUAAUAACAAACCAGUGACUUGCGAGGAGUCUUAUUGAAUAGUUUAACAUUAAACGUAUCACAUUGGAUUUUAGAUUUAUAUUUGUUUUUCUGAAUAUGGUAGAGCAGAGAAUACAAUUCAAUGUUAAAACCAAUGUGAUUUUUCUGACCCUGUAAAACACCCUUGUUUUCAUUGGACAAUGGACACCCUGGAUUAAUGACAUAAACUCUUAAUAAGCUUUAUAUUUAUCAUCCUAUAAAAGAAUCUCACUAUUUAUUAUUUCUAAGAACUUCUAUUUAUUUAUUAAAUCUUGCUUUAUUAUUUCUUUUUCUUGUCUAAAUAAUCUUCCAGUUUUCAAGUGCGGGGGAAAUCCCUCUGGGUAAAUUAUCUACCCCCCCCCCCUCGCCUUGGUCGAUAGCUAAGGUACUAAUAAAAUCAAAAUAUUUAUAAUUGUUUUUAACGGUUCAGUAAAACGUAUUGAUAUUGUAACAAAUAAAAUUACACUUUUUGUGAAACCAAAAAUACAGAUCUAAGCUCG